AUGUCUACGAGACGUCGAAACCGGAUCAUCGCGCCCUCGUCACUACUCAUUUCAUACCUCGCGUCCGCAUCUUCCGCCGCCUUUCAGAACGACUUUUCUGCUUACCCAGCGGCAUCACGGUCAUGUCUGGACAAAGCUGCAGCCUCAUCUGGCUGCACAGGUGAAACGGUCAUCCAAAUGAACUCUUGUCUCUGUGGCAAUGGGGGAAACUUUGUGACGUCUUCUGCGACAUGUGUGGCUAAGACCGCAAAGGACAAGCUGGGUGCUGUUUACGAGAUGCUUUUGACGUCUUGCACAGACUCGAACACGCCAUUGGCAGUAUCUCAGGCCCAGUUUCUCGAUGCCGAAGACGACGACGACGAUGACAAGUCAACCACUUCUCACAGCACAACCUUUACUACGUCUACUACACCAUCCUCGCCGCCACCGACAAUCCCGACACCACCACAAGUUACGUCAUCAUCGACCUACAUUCCAGUAACAACAUACAAGAGUGUGGCCAACGGAGUCACAGUGACAAUCACGAGGGGAGUCGAUUCAGUACCGACUGGGACAAAUGUUGGAAAGGGGAGCAGUACCAGUCCCGAUGACGAGAACACGACAGACGACGAAGGGGGAUCCAAACAUGGCGUUCUUGCAGCAGGACUCGUUGGAGGACUAGCAAUCCUUGCUGCAGUGCUCGCAUUUCUCUUCUAUCGACGACGGAAGCAACGCAGGGAGCGAGCCGGCGCCGCCGGACCGGGCGGGAAGUUUGGAGCCUUGUCCAGCGCAACAAGCCUCACAACGAUGAACUCGCCUCCCCAGGGAGCAGCUACAGCUCAAUACCACAACAUAAAUGACCAACGACCAGACACCGCCGGGACGACGCAUAUGAACAUGGGCGCCGGCCAGUGGAAUCAACAACAUCAGCAGUACCAACAGCCGCAACAACAACAACAACAAUACCAGCAAGGAAACUUGAGCCCGCAAUAUUGGCAACAGCAAAACGGGCAGUCCACAGGGAACUGGCCUUCACCAGUGUCAAACGGACCUGUUGGUACUUGGGGGGUUUCACCUGUUUCUCAGUACCCCCCGGGAACAUCAAACGGAUCGCCGUCCAUGCAAAACGGCACUUGGAACGGCCAGUCUUCCACAAUGCGGGACGGAACGUGGGAUGCCCAAACAUCGGCGGCCAAUGGCACUUGGAACGCACACGCCGUGCCUGUCCCGGCUCCCAUACCCCAUCCCUCGACUUCUACGCACGCCCCCGUCUUCGAACUCGCCGGAGAUAAUAUCCAGGCUGUCGAGGCGGAUUCUACACCCAUCGGCUACGCUCAGGGAGUACCCGCACAACAGCAACAGCUACAACAAGCACAACAACAACAACAACAACAAUAUUCUCAACCUUCAUCAAUACAAGCGACACCGCAACUUUCCUUAGCACAUCCCGCACAGCCGGCACCCGCACAUCACGGUAUGCCGAGGCAGGUGGAUGAUGCGUUACAAAUAUCACAAGUAGAAUUACCGCCGCCACGGUAUACAGGACCGUCAUCACCCAGAUGGGUCAGCGAAGACAAGAAAUUCGGAUGA